AUGGCUCUCCAGGACGUUGUCAGCAAGAGGGACCCUCCGAGGGGUCUUUCUUGGCCUCAGCUGCCGUGCGGCGGGCCCGGGGUCCCCCGUCCUUUCCUGCUGUCCCACGGCACCACCACCCUAGCCUUCCGCUGCAGCCACGGGGUGGUGGUGGCUGCGGACACCCGUUCCUCCUGCGCGGGGCUGGUGGCUGAUCCAUCUUCCCGCAAGGUCAUCACGCUCCACCGGCAUCUUUUGGCCACCACGUCGGGGACCUCGGCUGACUGCGCUGCCUGGCUCCGUCUCCUGCGGUGUGCGCUCCGCCUGAGGCACCUGUCGGAAGGGCAGCAGCCCAGCGUCGCCGGGGCGGCCAAGCUGCUAGCUUUCAUGCUGCGGGGAUGCGCCCAGAAGGAUCUCUGCGUGGCCACCUUGCUCUGCGGUUGGGACGGCCAGGGACCCGGCUUGCACUACGUCUACAGCGACGGGACCUGCUUCUCCGGCGACGUUUUGGCCGUGGGAUCGGGAUCCACUUACGCCUACGGGGUGCUGGACGGCACCUAUCGUUAUGAUUUGCCCCGGGCGGAGGCGUUCAGGCUGGCCCGCCAAGCAGUGGGUCACGCUGCCCACCGGGAUGCCUAUUCCGGUGGCAACGUGGAUCUUUACCACGUCCGGCCCGACGGAUGGGUCUGCGUGUCGCGGGAAGAUCUGAGCCAGGUUUAUCACGGCUUGGAGUCCCCAGCUGAAGAGCAUGGAGAGGAUCCCCACGAGGAGACCAACUAA